UGAAUCCUCAACUCUCCGAACCUCCCAUUGUGCAGUUAACCCCUCCUCUCCAUACAACACCGUCACAAUGGCCGCUCGCAGUGCCGCUCUCAAAGUCGACUGGACCAAGGUGACCAGCUCCCUCGGUCUCCGCGGUCAAACAGCCACCGCCCUCCAAGCCUUCAAGAAGCGUAACGACGAUGCGCGCCGCAAGGUCCAGUUCCUUUCCGAGCAGCCCCAGACCGUCGACUUCGCCCACUACCGCAACGUCCUGAAGAACCAGGCCGUCGUCGACGAGCUCGAGAACCACUUCAAGACCUUCAAGCCCGCCACCUACGAUGUCAGCCGCCAGGUCAAGGCCAUUGACGCCUUUGAGGCCCAGGCUGUUCAGAACGCUGAGCAGACUAAGGGCAAGGUUGAGGCUGAGAUUGUUGAGUUGAAGAAGACUCUUGAGAACAUUGAGACUGCGAGGCCGUUUGAGGAUCUCACUGUGGACGAGGUUGCUGCUGCCCAGCCUGAGAUUGACGAGAAGACCUCUUCCCUGGUCUCCAAGGGCAAGUGGAUGCCGCCGGGCUACAAGGAACGCUUCGGCGACCUUGCUGCCGUUUAAACGGAAAAUAUCCUGUCAUAUUAUGCCUCCUUAUCCUUCGACCAAUACAAUCACGCAGUAAUUGUCAACCCUGCCAUGUGCGACUGGCCGUGAUUUGGUUGUCGGAUGUGUAUAGAACUUUGUUCGAAUUAGAAGAUGUUCCAUGAUCGU